AUGCCAUUUAUUAAAAAACACGUCUUAUUUUUUUUUUUCAGUAACUCAACUGCAAAAAAUAAUACCACUGCAGUACCAACGACGACUAGCGGCGAAGAACGUGUUGCAUCAUGUCGUUCACCGUCAGAAACUAAUGCAAUAACAUCGGAAAAUAACGAUACCACUAUUCCAGUACGUCUUGAAGAAUCUGUUUUGAACGACAACAACGUCAGCAUUCCAGCGCCGAUUACACCAGUACCAAAUUCAAGCACAAAUUCUACGAGUUCUGUUAUUAGUGGUGUUAGCUCUCCACCUCAUUCAACUUCAUCAUCAUUCCCGAAUUCAUCAACAAGCCCACGUUCGGAGUCUGUUCCGACUACUCCACGCUCGACAUUUUGUCGUGCGCCUGGUCUUGGACCAAUUGCGCUACCAGAAGGCCAUACAGGUUCGCAACAUCCAUUAGUUUGUCAAAUUUGCGGGUUUUCCUGCAAUUCUAAAUUCCACUAUAACUCUCAUAUGAAUACUCAUGGUGACCAUCAGUGUACAAUGUGUGAUUAUACUUCAAGAACGGAAGGGCGUCUAAAAAAACAUAUGAGAGACUCACACACUGUUGAGCAACAGAUUGCUGCCGGACUUGAAGUUGAUACUAGUGCGAGAAGUGCAACACCAAGUACAGCAAAGACAUCUUCAGCUUCAGCUAGUCUUAGUCUUGCUACAUCAAUGGCAUCAUUAUUGGAGAGUGCAAAUUUGGCUGCAGCAGCUCAAGCUGCGCAAAAUGCAUUGCAAUCACCAGAUACAUCACCUUCAUCAGUGACCGACGGUUCAUCAGACUCAGCUGACAAAUCCAGUAGUGGGUUACCUGCUGAUGAUACUUCACCAAAUGGCUCGUUAUUGCCACUGGACCAAAUGAGAGCCCUAGCCGAUAAUCCAAGUUUAAUAUCUGACCUUGCGUCAUCAAACCUGGCAACGGCUUUGAUGAGUCAUGGAAUUCUGGGGGCAAAGCAGUCGUUUUUGGAUUCAGUGAGUUCGUUCCAACGUGAAGAGCCGUCAACUAGUGGUUCGAGUGGUGAGCGACGAAGUGGUAGCGGCAAACCAAAAACAUAUAAAUGUAAACAGUGCAAUCAAGUCAGUACAUCGAAGGAGGAGCAGUGGGUCCAUGCUCGAUCUCAUAUCCCGGCUGAAAAGCGUCUCGAAUGUAAUCGAUGCGGUUUUGUUACCGAGUAUAAACAUCAUUUGGAGUACCAUUUGCGUAAUCAUAUCGGCUCGAAACCUUUCCAGUGCAAGAAAUGUGCCUAUGCUUGUGUGAAUAAAUCGAUGCUCAAUUCACAUAUGAAAUCUCACACCAAUGUAUACCAGUUUCGUUGCCGGGAUUGCAGUUAUGCUACAAAGUAUUGUCACAGUCUUAAGUUGCACCUCAAAAAGUACAAUCACAACCGGGCUGGUGAUGCCAAUGAUGGAGCGGGUCUUGAUGCUUCGAAUGGUAAUUGCAUUUCGUUUUAUACCAACUUGUUGAAGCAUGAGACACUUGUUUUUCAAGUUUUUUUCCUGGUUCGGUCAUUUGACGGUGAUGAUGGCUCAGGGCGUCGCCUGAGUGAAUCUUAUAGCACUGGUGGCGACGAAGAACGUAGUCCAAGCCCACAGGUGAAUGCUUUGAAUGCAGUAAACGCUGCUAUUCGAAUGAAUGCUUUACAGUCAGUUAACGCUGGAACAGUACUUCCACCACGAUGUCAGCUUUGUCCUUACCAGCCGAUUGGUGUCGAUGAUAGUCUUAGACACCAAAUGAUGCAUAUCAUUACUGGUCAAAAUGAUUUGAGCAGUUCAAUUGCUGUGCCCACUGCAAUCCAUCCAAAUAAAUCUAUAUUGAAUGGGCAUGCUGAAGAAGGGAAAUCUGUAGAAAGCAACAGCUUCGAAGAGCAUGAAGAUGAAGAGAACGAACAACCGACAACAACAGCAGAUGACGAAGAAAUUGCAAUGAGUGAUGAUACAGGCAAAUCUGAUGAAGCGCAAGAUUCAGGCGACUCAGGAAAAAGCAGUGGCGACGAGAGGUUAUCACCUGUAGGUGAAGCUGGUGACAAAGGAGCGCGUAAAAGAAAAGCUGGUUUAAAACUGAAUCAGAUAGCUGCUAGACUGCAGGAAAAGCAUUCACCAGGAGCUGAGGACGAUGAGGAGGAAGCGACCGAAGUUAAAAGAGAGAGAUCCAAUGAGAGUGCAUCAAAUAAAAAUGUCCCAAGUACGCUUGCUGCUGCACUUCAGAUAUCAGCUCCAAUUGCAUCGCUACCUACUUCGCGCUUUUUCCCUGGUUUAGGGGAAGCCGCAAGAAAUUUUGGUCCAUUGGAGAUUCUUAUGUGGUCACUGCAAAAUGGUUUCCCAAGAUCAAAUGCUGUAUCAAACUCGCAUGGAUUGUCGUGGUUAUAG